AGUACUUACUGUAUUUAUCUUUUUAAAAAACUACUUAUUAUUAGAUUCCAGAGUUCAGCCUGUUUUGUAACUUUUGCAGUUUUGCGUCCCAAUAGUCUCGCUGAGAUCCCAUGUUGAUUACUAUUCUACUUGUAAGUAAGCACAAAUCUGGAAUAUCAUUGAGUUCUGUUUUGGUGCAUUUCGCUCCUUAAAUUUGCUUGGGAAUGGAUGCUUUGCGCGCUGAAAUACAGAAAAAACGAAAAUUUUUGGAGGCCAUCAGUAAACCAGAAAAGGCAUCGGAGCCAGUAAAGAAAUUCUACAAGAGAAGCGAUUUGGAGCAAAAGGCGAAAUCAAAAGAAGAAUACAAUUCUACCCGUGAAGCCACUCCGGAUACUCUGCUCGUGAAAACGAAAGAUUAUGAUGGAAGUCGUCUCCAGUCCGAUCAUAGCGAAGACGUUAAAUUACCAAGAAAAGAAGUGAUCAGGCGAUUGCGAGAGCGCAAUGAGCCCGUACGAUUAUUUGGCGAAAGUGACGAAGAAAGCAUGAAGCGUUUGAAAGACUUAGAAGUUCAGGAACCGGAAGUGGACGAUGGAUUACGAAAUGAUUUCAAAGCGGCCAUGGAUAAAAUCGAUUUGGAGUUCAUGAAUGAACUGGCUAAGGGACAAAGUACCUCUUCGAAAACUGCCACAGAUAUCAAAAUCCAAGAUGAUGGUACAACGAUGGAGGAUAUUCAGAAACUGGGAGGGGAAGUCCAGAAAAAUGAAUCUGUUGGACGUGAUGUCAUCUUGAAAUUCAUGAAAUUUAUCUUGUGUCGAUGGGCGGAAGAGCUUAAUCGACGUUCGCUGGAAGAGAAACUCAGCACAAAAGGAAAACUUGACCGCGGUACAUACGUCCAGACGGAAGAAUAUUUAAAACCUCUCUUCCAAAAGCUGAAAAAUAAAAGCCUGCAAGACGACAUCUCCCAGAACUUAUUAAGAAUUAUUGUAUUUCUCCUCGACCGCGACUACGUUAAGGCGAAUGAAGUGUUCCUUCAAAUGGCGAUUGGGAAUGCGCCGUGGCCGAUUGGUGUCACUGCUGUUGGUAUUCAUUCUCGCCCAGGCAGAGAAAAAGUGUUCUCGCAAAUGAUUGCACAUGUCCUGAACGACGAAACACAACGAAAAUACAUACAGGGAUUUAAACGACUAAUAACAAAAAUGCAGCAACUGUUUCCUACGGAUCCUUCGAGAUCAGUGGAGUUCCAAGCCAUAAAUCGACCAAAAUCGGACAACUGAAGUGAUGCAUGAUACAGCACUAGCUAGAUCACAGAUUUAAAAAUUGUAUUCUGGAAUCUGGACUGUUAGAUUUCUAUUUCCUGUAUUAUGGCUGUAUAUGUUAUAUAAAUCAUAAACUAUCCACGUAUCCUUCCAGUAUUGUAACCAUUCGCUUGAGUUCUUUUCUGCAAAGUGAACAGACAGCCUACUGUGAUUUAUGCGGAAGAAAAUCAGUUGGAAUUCGCUUACACUUGAUCGUA